AUGCUCAGCGCAGCAUUAGGUGCCGUCGAUGGCCCCUCCUUAGUUCUUGGAGGAGUGACGGGCGAGACGCGCUCGUCCGAGCCGCCUGACGGCGGCGGUGGUGCGAAACUCUCGCCGCCUCACGCGGAUUCGCUUAGAGACGCUUCCGACGGUGUCGCCGCUGUAGAGAGUACAAGCAGCGCCGCAGAGUCCGACGCGUCUACUGCGCCACGCGGACUCACCGGGGGUAGCGGAGGCGCAGUGGAGGCGCGCGGUGCGCGCGACGAGCAAGCGCAGGCGGCGGAGACGGGGAGCACUGUAGCGGACGGAAACCCGGCGGAAGGGAUGGUGGGGGGCGGAGGGGCGGAGGGGAAUGGGGGGAUGCAGAGCGCCGCGCUGGCGCGGGAAGCGGCGGAAGGUGUGGGGGGGCCGGCGGCGGACGAGGGGGAGGCGACGGGGAGAGGGGAGGCGGAGGGAAGCGGAAAGGAGCAGAGGAAGGGCGAGAGCAGCGGCAAAGAGCAGAAUGCAGGGGGACAGGGGGAGAACAGGGAGGUGGAAGGAGGGGUGGGAAAGGCGGAGGGGAGUGAAGGGGUGGCGGGGCGGCAGCAGGGCGGCAGGCGGGGGAGGUUGCGGGAGAUGGUGCGGCGCGCGGAGCAGCAGCGGCGCGUGGUGGGAUACCUGGACGUGGGCAGGGAGGUGGCGCGCUCCGUGGAGCGCCACCACCGCGCACAGCACGCCGCGGACGCGCUCAGCCGCAGGGGGCAGGGGGGCGAGGGGCAGGGGAUCCACGGGGACAGGGAGCACGGUGGGGCGGCGGGCAUACUCCCCGCGCAGCACGGCCACGCGCCUCACCACGCCUUCACGGAUUCCGCCCCCCUGCACGCCCCCCCGCUCGCGCCCCUGCACGCGCCCCUGCACGCGCCCCUGCACGCCCCCCUCUCCCCCCUGCGUGCGGGCGGGCGGUUGCAGCAGCUGCAGGCGGAGGAGUGGGCGGGCGGGGAGGGGGGCAUGGGGCGCGACGUGAGCACGAACAGCAACAUGGGCGCGGCGGAGUGGCUGGAGGGGUGCUUGGAGGAGGAGGAGGAGUGGCAGCAGUGGCGCAUCGACCCGCAGCAGCUGGUCAUCAAGAGCUUCAUCGCCCGUGGCACGUAUGGCUCCGUGCACCGUGGGGAGUACCGCGGCAAACAGGUGGCCGGUGCGUUGCAGGUAGAUGGGCGGUUGGUGGUGGGCGAGCAGAUGGUGGUGAAGCUGAUGGAUUGGGGCGAGGUGGACAAGGCAUCGCGCGCCAAGCUCACGUUCCUGCGAGACGUGUUCGCCCAGGAGGUGCUCGUUUGGAGCACACUGGAGCAUAAGAACAUCUGCCAGUUCGUGGGAGCGCUGCUGGGCGGGCCAGACUCGUACACCUUCCCGUCCACGGUGGAGGACCACAGGGGCGUGCUGCGGGUGGGCAGCCACGUGUGCUGCGUGGUGCUGGAGUUCCUGGCGGGCGGCACACUCAAGCAGCUGCUCAUGAAGCACUACCACAAGAAGCUGUCCGUGCACCGCGUCGUGCACCUGGCACUGGAUAUUGCUGAGGGGUUGGAGUAUCUGCAUUCGAGGGGCAUCGUGCAUCGCGAUGUCAAGUCAGACAACAUGCUGCUUGACAAACACCACCGGGUGGUGAAGAUAGCAGACUUUGGGGUAUCACGGGUGAAGUCAGACAACAGCACCAUGCACCACAAGACCGGCACCUACGGCUACAUGGCGCCUGAGGUAUUAAAGGAGCGCCCCUACGACCACAAGGCGGACGUGUACAGCUACGGCAUCCUGCUGUGGGAGAUCUACUGCUGCGACAACCCCUUCCCCUACUCCGACCUUGACCCCUCCGAGAUCGCCUCCACCGUCAACCAGGGCCUGCGGCCGGACAUCCCAUCGUGCUGCCCGCCACAGCUGGCGGAGCUGAUGAGGCGCUGCUGGCACGGCGAGGCGGGCAAGCGGCCGGACAUGAGUGAGGUGGUGAGGCGCCUCAAGGCCAUCGACUGCCGCCACGCCACGCCCAUGCGCCCCGUGGACGGCGACGACUCCUCCUGCUCCCUCAUGUGA